AUGGACUACGAAUCGGCGCUUCGCGAUGCACCGAGAUUGAUUCCGACGGAUGAGAUUGAUGAAGAAAUGGCGGAAAUUGAUGAUUUCAUGGACCUAGUGGACCCGCUUGCGGAGCCAUGCGCCGUUUGUGGCGAUAAAUCAACUGGUACACAUUAUGGAGUGAUUUCCUGUAAUGGGUGUAAGGGUUUCUUCCGUCGAACCGUUCUACGCGAUCAAAAGUUCACUUGUCGAUUCAAUAAGCGUUGUGUGAUCGACAAAAACUUCCGAUGCGCGUGCCGUUAUUGUCGUUUCCAGAAAUGUGUGCAGGUUGGAAUGAAGCGAGAAGCCAUCCAAUUCGAGCGAGAUCCCGUCGGAUCCCCAACAUCUGGCAACAGUCUCAACGGAACUCCAUUCAAAAAGGAUAGAAGUCCCGGAUACGAGAACGGAAACGCGAAUAGUGUCGGAUCGAACGGAGGUGUUGGACAGGAAAAUAUGCGAGCAGGUGCCACGCAAUCAAGUGUUAUCGAUGGUCUUAUGGAUAUGGAAUCUCGUGUUAAUCAAGAAAUGUGUAAUCGAUACAGACGGUCACAGAUCUUCGUGAAUGGAAAUGGUUCUUCAGGAAAUGAAAGUGGUGAUAAUCCACUUGGAGCCGGUGGAUCAGAUGGAAGUGCCUUUGCACCACCAAACCGGGCAUGUACAACCGAGGUAGAUCUCAAUGAAAUCUCCAGGACAACUCUUCUUUUGAUGGUUGAAUGGGCUAAAACUAUCACACCAUUCAUGGAUUUAUCGAUGGAAGAUAAGAUUAUCCUUCUGAAAAAUUACGCUCCACAACAUCUGAUUCUGAUGCCAGCGUUCCGAAGUCCCGACACAACACGUGUUUGUCUAUUCAACAACACAUACAUGACACGUGACAACAACACGGAUCUCAAUGGAUUCGCUGCAUUCAAAACAAGUAAUAUCACGCCGAGAGUACUCGAUGAAAUCGUUUGGCCAAUGCGACAACUACAAAUGAGAGAACAGGAAUUUGUGUGUCUGAAAGCUCUCGCUUUCUUGCAUCCAGAAGCAAAAGGACUCUCAAAUACAUCACAAAUUAUGAUUCGAGAUGCCAGAAAUCGGGUUCUGAAAGCUCUAUAUGCAUUUAUUCUUGAUCAAAUGCCUGAUGAGGCCCCCACGAGAUAUGGAAAUAUAUUGUUGUUGGCGCCAGCGCUCAAGGCUCUCACACAGUUACUCAUUGAGAAUAUGACAUUGACAAAGUUCUUCGGGUUGGCUGAGGUUGAUUCACUUCUCUCCGAAUUCAUUCUCGACGACAUCAAUGAUCAUUCAACAGCGCCAGUCUCACUGCAACAGCAUUUAUCAUCGCCGACUACGUUACCGGCUAAUGGGGUAUCCCCACUAACCGCCGCUGGCUCCGUCGGCAGCAGUGGCGUCUCAUCCGUCGUCUCCGGAAUCACACCCACCGGAAUGCUCUCUGCCACCCUCGCGGCUCCAUUGGCAAUCCAUCCUCUUCAAUCACAAGAUUCGCUUCUCAACGGGAAUCUUCUUCUGAAUGGAGAACAGAAGACACUCAUUGAAUAA